AUGAACCUAGUAACAAAUCCACUAGAAGUUAAAAAGCUUCUUUUCGAAUUAACUGAAAAAACAAAACAUGAUAAAGAAAUAGCUUAUAAAUUAUUAAAUCGCAUUUCUGCAACUGAUUUCAUAGUAAAGCGGUUAAGAUUUGAAGAAGAAAUAAAUGCUCAUGUAUAUAAUAAAGAUUUAGAAAGUUUGAUUAAAGUUUUGAGUGAAAUCAAUACCGUAGUACAGACUAAAAACUGUCAAAAAUUUUUUCUUUUUCAACCAAUUAAUGAGCGUUUUAAUAAAUUAAUUAAUGAAUAUGAUGAUUGUAUUAGAUCAUUAAAUUUGUCUAUAUCUAUUGAUAAUAGAGAAUAUAUAAAAAAAAUAGAACAGGAUAUUCAUGAUGUAAAAGAAGAAAUCGGAAAAUCAAACCUUGUCGGUCAAGAAAAACAACUAAGUGAUCACUUAAAACAAAUUACUAGCCUUUCCAAUCAGUCAGAGCAGAUAGGGGAAAUUUUGACUAAAAAUGAACAAGAAAUAGCUGAUUUUGAAAUUUUAAUUGAACAUAAACAAAAUGAAAUGAUAAAGAAAGAGAAAGAAUCUGAAGGCUCCUCUAUUGGCGAAAAAGAAAAAAUGCAACUGGAAAAGCAAAUAACUGAUCUAAAAAAUCAGAUAGUUAAUUUACAAAACCUUUUAAAUGAGAAGGAAGAAGAGUUGUCCAAUUUAAGGCAAAAAAAUUAUGAAUUGGUAGAACAGUGUCUUCACUAUUUAAUACUUAUCAAGUCUUUUCGAGAAAAGCAAAAAGAGAUAAAUGAAAUAAGAGAGGAGUUAACUAAAAAAAUUCCAUCAAAGGAAGAGUUAGAUAAUUUGCUUUAUUUACAAGAGGAAUUUAAUCAAUUAGAAACUGAAUUAGAAAAACUUGUUAGUGAAAUAUCAUUAAUUAAAAAUAACCCUUUAAAAAAAAGAUAUUUUAAUUUUAAUCAAUUACAAGUAGACCAAAUAACCAUAGAUAAUUCAGACAAGGUAAUAACAGAACUUAAAGAUCAUGAUUUAUUUGAAGAAUACAAUGAUCUUAGUUAUUUAAAUGAAGAAUUGCAAAUGAUAAUUGAGAAUUCUAAUAAAAAUGCUAUUAGAAAUGCUUUACUUAUUGUUAGAGCAAAGAAUAGCAAGUUAAAUUUACCUAAUUCACAUCAUAUAAAUAUAUUAAAAGAAAAAGAUAUAAAUGAUAUAAAGGAAAAAACAAUGCUUUUCUUAGAAAGAAAACAAAUUUUUUUAAAUACUCACCAGGGAACAAUUUGGAAACUAGAAAAAUGUUAUGAAAAAUUUAAAAGCUCAAUUGAUACUAGAAAAUUUGCCAUCUUUACUGAAAUGAAGCAUAUAUUAACUGCAGGAUAUGUAGUCCCAGUUGUUGGUAGUAAAAUUAAAGCAAUAGGAGGAGCUAGUGCUGGUGUAGUUAAUAUUUUUAAAACUAAAAGGCAGAAGAAAUGUAGAAAAAAAUUUCAAAAAUAUUUAUCAAAUGAUGAAAAAAAACUAUUUUGGUUCAAAGAACGCUACCAAUCUUUGUUUGAUGUUUUAUAUAAAGAAAAACAAUCGCUAAGUUCAACUAUUAUUAAUAUUUUAAAACUAGAGAAAUACAAAAAGAAAAGUUCAUUCAAUGAUAAGUACAAUAUUUGUAGAAUCAUUUCUGGAAUCAGUUUUCAAGGUGAAAAUACACUUGAAUUACAAGAAAUGAAACAAACAAUUACUUUACUUGAAUCUAAUUUAGAAGAAUUAAGAGCAGAAUUAGAAGAAGAAAAAAAAAAUAUUUAUGAGCAAAUACAAAUUUUUUGA